ACAGCUAACAAACUGUAACAAACAAACAAAAAGUAUGGCAGGUGUCAAGCGGCUCGUGAGGAAUGACCGGUUAUACACGAAGGUCUGAUUUGAUUUAAUUGCGGGCGGAGGACAGGCGCGAUGUCUUCGAGCGCCAGGAAAUCACCGCGAAUCGAGGACUUAAUUUCUACGGAGGAUGAUACCUUGGGAUCCUCUGUAAGUCUGAGCGUCGGGGAGAAUUCGGUGCGCAUCAAAGAGAAGCCCAAAGCCAGCAAGGAGGCCGAACAAUUCUCGGCUGACAAGAAGAAUGCACCGGAUAAGUGGUGGUUGAAGAGACCCGAAACUCGUCUUGGUGUCCUGGGCGCCAAGAACGCAGAUGCAAAGACGAAGCAGUCUCCUACUCCUUCGCCGGACGUCAGCUCCUCCAUGAAAGACUUUCUCGAGAGAGAGAAGAUGUGCAAGACAAUAUCCAAAAGCGAAGGAGAAGCGAAAGACAAGGAUGACACGUUAUGCGAUAUAUUAGCGUCUGCGGCUUUCGAUAAAUAUCCGUCAGACUUUGAAAAUGCUACUGACGAAGAUAUUGGCAGUAUCCUAGAAGAAAUGAGCAAGAUUGCUGGAGCGUUGACUCCUAAUUCGUGUCCCGAGCGUACAAAAUCCGGUGGCUCCAGUAAAAAUCCUACUGAGGAGGAGAAGUCUGUAGAAGAGCUAUUAGAAGAAGCUGAGAAGCUAGUCAGGAAAAAUUGCAACACUCUAUCGAAAAGUAUAUCGAAAUCCGAUACUCUAGUGCCAGAAGAUCAAGACGAAAGCUUGAGCAGAGUGAGGCAACUAGAAGCUGACAUUUUUCAAUUAAUAGAGGAAGAGGUGCACAAGGAGUCAGAGAAGAUAAAGAGAAGUCCGAAAAAUGAGAGAAAACGGGAGAGCAGUCCCGGAAUCGAAAUUGUCUAUGAAAAUCUAAGCAGUUUGAAACCACCAAAAACAUUGGAGCUUCAAAGGCGGAAGUUCGAGGAGCAGAAGGUCGAGAUAUCGAGCAGUUCCGAUUUGGACGAUCCGAUUGAGAGGCACUCCAAGUCCGAGGAACUGAAGAGCGCGAAGAGAAUUGAAAUGGAGAAAGAGAAUCUGCAGAAGGAGAUCACGGACGUGGACAAGGAUUUUUUCGAUGAUUUGUUGAGAAGAUCUAAGGAGAAGGCGGAGGGCGGGUUGUCUGGGAGUUCCAGUUUUGGGCAGGAGGAUUUCUCUCAUUUCCUGAAGCUGCUGCAAGGGCAGAAUACAGACAAAAUGGAGCCGGAAUCAAAAGAGCCUAAUACGGUGUACGAUCUUUUUUUGAAAUCUACUAAUGGCGAAAUAAUAUCGACUAAGGAGACUCAGUUAGGCAAAACCCCAGAAUUUCCUGAAAAAGAAUUUUCUGAGAUAUUGGAGAAGGAAUUACCGUCCAUUAAUGGCGCAUGUAUAGAUCAUGAGGUUAACGAGAGCGAUUCCAGUGUGAGCGAAGGACGACGUAAAGGGACACCAAAUUCUCUCUCAGGCGAGACAACAUUCUUGAAACGGUCUAAACAUGAAUCUAAGAAGAUUUCGAAAGAGAGAGAAAGCAAUAAGCAUGUGACGGAGGUCACUAAGAAGGCAGGUAAUCCCGAAAAUGAGUUGUACACGGUAGGAUUGACGCCGAGAUUAGAACUGUUCGCGGAUGCAAUACCGAAACUUAUAGCUGAAAAGUUAAAUGAACACGUCGCGAAGGAGAACGCGAAGAAAGUAGAUUCAGAAUACAAGGAGUCUGCUUCGGAAACGAAGGUAGAUGCGAAAGCGGAGAAUUUACAUGUCGCUAAAGCAUCGAAAACUUCAAAGAUGCAAUAUCAAGAAGUACCUGAGCUUGGUGUUUCGAGUAAAGCAAUGGAUGUACCUAAAACAGACCGCGUUGUUAGCGAACCAAGUAAUAAACAAUUGAAAGAAUUAAAAUUCUGCAAGUCCAAGAGCUACGAUCAAAUUUGCCAGCCUCCCCUGAAAACUUCUCUCGAAAAUAUCAAGGUUAACAAGGCGUUAGACGUAUCUAAGAAGCCUGUAAAUCCAAUUUCUAGAAAAUCGACAGUCAAACCAAAAAUACAGUCCCGACCGAUUUCCAAAUCCGCGCCAAAACCUAGUUCGUCCUUGAAAAAACUGGAUUCCGUUAAAGUUGGGUCCACAUCCAGCUUGCCAACUGCGUUCAAAGGAUCCCAGUUGAAAUCACCCGAUAGUUACAGAAAAAAUUUCAUGGCCGCCGGAGAUUCGAAGCAGAUUUCGACGAAACACGAUUGGGAGAUGCUAUGUCGCGAAGAAAGACACAAAAACGCGCUACUGAAGCAACAAUUGGAGGCCGAGGCAAAGCUGUAUAAGAAUCAAAUCGAGGACAUGCGUGCGUCCUUCGAGGGAGAACUGUUCGCCUUAAAGAAGCAGAACAUAAUCUUAAAGGCAAGAGUCGACGAGUUCUCUCUGAGCGAGAGACGCGCAGAGAUUCCCGUCAAGAACGACACAAAAGUCACUCUCUUAGAACAGGAAUUGGAGAAGCAGGAAAGUUUGAUUCGCGCUUACGAGACCGAGAACAAGAAGCUGAUGCAAGAUACGAAACGUAUGCAAGAGGAACUGAAGAAUUUGCAGUCUAAACAGAGGAGCACAGUAUCAGAAGUAAACGACAGGCAACAACUCGCCGAUCGGAUAAAGGAUCUUCAGGAAGAAACGUUGAAACUGAAUCUCGAGGUGUCCGAACUGAAGGAGAAGAAUGCCGAUUACCUACUCAAGAACGACGAUCUAAUUCAACAAAACAGUUUGCUCACAGACGAAUUAGAUAUGUUCAAGGAUCAGUUGAGAGCGAAGAACAAUUUUAUCACAGACCGGUUGCAAGUUAUGAGCACCUCAGAAUUAGAACUUAAGAAACAGAUAGAGGAUCUGAGUAUUAAAUUGAGCUCGAAAUCAGAGCAGUUGCGAGUAACUAAACAGGAGUUGGAGAAAUUUCAGCAGAACGUAUUGCCUCUGGAAAAGGAGUUGCUGGCGCUUAGAGUUAAAGAGGGUAAUCUCCAAGAGAAAUUGCAGAUAAGCAAGAGUCACGUCGAGCGUGAAAAGCAGCUGACGCAGAGACUCAAGGAUCAGGUUAUUUUGGAUAAUAAGAAGGUCAUGGAUCUGAACAGGCAAGUGCGCGAGUUGGAGCGUAUUCUCAAGAGGAAGAAUCCCGAUUCGGUGUCAGCUCUUAUAUUGACCGCCAACUCGGAACAGGAAAAGAUCGGUUCCGAAAAGGUGAAGCUCCUAGAGGAGAGAAUAGCUUCUCUCGAGAACGAGAUUAAAACCAAGGAGGAUAUCGCGCAGCAGAAUAUAAUUGACCUGCAGAAAAAAUUCUCCGACAUGAAGGAAAAGUACGCAACGCAGGUAAUGGAGUUAGAGACAAAGCUGCUGGAAGCAACUACGAAGGAACACAAAUUGUAUAAUGACACGUUUACGCAGACGAUUAGGUAUGUCGAAAAUAAGAACGUGGAAAACAACAAGAAAGAUGACAAAGCUUCGACUGUGGAAGAUAAGAGAGAUCAGAAAGCGAUCAAGGUUGGGCCGAAGUCUCAAAAUCCAAAAGAAGACACGCAUCUUCUCGCCACCAUAAGAGGUCUGAAGCUGGAGAUUUCGAACAAGGACAAGACGGUCUCGAAAAUAACCAAAGAAUAUCAGGAGCUCCAGAAGAUAAACCGACGACUUCAGAAGGAGCGGGAGAAAUUGUUGAACGAUCGUAGGAGUUUCAGAAGUAUGGAUUUUGAUAAGGCAUUCCGAGGAAUGAAGAAUGGUGAAGGGAACGAUCAGAAUUCGAACGUCUAUCAGAAUGGGCACGUUCCCGAAUCGCAGAGGCUCUCGUCAUCGACGUCGAAGUUGUAUGAUCCGAUGCAAUACACGGAGAACGGGGGCAAAAACGGGGUUAUCAAAAAGUUGACCAGUGAAAACGACAUUCUGAAGGAAGAGUUGAGCAAGAUGAAUAAGGACUUUAUGGCGUUGAAGAGCAAGAGGUUACACGAUUUAAAUCUCUUACAAGAGGAACAUGAGCGCGAGAUGGCUACUCUAGUGAAAGAAUACAGCAUCAAGAUCGGAGAUUCUAAAGUGGUAAAGUUACAGGGUCAGGUUAAUACUCAGGGAGCAAUCAUAUCGCACUUAAAGGAACAAGUUGAAAAGUUUAGGGAUUACAAGGAGCAGGUAGUCAUACUCAAGGCCGAAAGAGACCACUUGGAAAAUAAAGUAAAGACACUGACCGAGAAAAUCAAAUACUUAUCAACGCCGGGAAUAGAACAAUUGCAGAUGCUGCAAGACAAAAUUACGAUUCUCCAGCAACGUCACGAGAGUAGGGAGAUGACUUUGCAGACAUUGAUCCGUGACUUGCUGAGAAAUCGAACGCAGUGUAAAGAUUGCAAAAACGAUAAGAGCAAAAAUCGGCAACUCUGCUACUUCCGGCAAGAACUCGAUCAUAUCUUAGCGAUGUUACAGGAAAUUGCUAACGUCCAAUGAUUAUCGUCGAAUCGAGAAAUCGUCUCCAAAUAGUCACGCAGCGCAUUUGAUGGUUCUCGGUUCGUCAUCGAAUAUUGUGAUAAUUUUUACAAGAAUAAGAUUUGCGAUGUAGCUUAAAUAAUUCGAAAGAGGCAUUAGGUAUGUACUUUAGAUAUCGAAGCAUAGAUAUAUGUAAGAUGUAUGUAAACGCGUUUGUUCGCGACACUCAGCCAAACCAUUAAGUCGAUACUUCCAUCGACUCUUCCAGAAUUGAUGAGAACUGUUGUAAUGUGUGCAAUUUUAUUUUUUGCGUCCGUGAUACCGUUCGUUCUGCGAGAUCGUUCAUCAGUACAGAGCUCGCAAAUGACUCGGUAGGCUCGGAACACUGCCAAAGAAACGCUACUGCAUAACUAGCACAGCAGCGUAUAUAACAAUGAACAUAUGAUUGAAUUACAAUCUUUUUCCUAUCUCUCUCCGUCGCCAAUGUUCUUGCCACACGCGGCGCAAUGUCCCGGAACACUGCCCGCUGUUAGUAUAAUCUAUUUUAUUGAAUCAAAAAUUAAUUUUUUAAAAAAGUCGUACACUUUUAAGAUUAGAUAUUUUUUAUUUAUUUAUUUAUUUAUAUUAACUCUGAUAAAAUGACAUGGCUGCUUGCAACGUUUCUCCAAAUCGAUGUUGUUGCAGCUCAAUUUUCUUCUUACAAUAAAUAUAGCAUGACAAUUGAAGAAAAAAGAAAAUAGAGAUAUACGAGUAUAAAAAUAUUGUCGUAAGGAUUUCUUCCAAAGUUAAAUGAUAUCUAGUUUUUUACGGAUAAUUUUUUCGGAACUUUGCUGUACAUAUAGGCGUUGUAAGAAAUAAACCGCUAUAUUUAUUUCGAAUAAUACUCCACGUCGUUUAUUCACGAUCAACGAAGUCGAGUCGCUCGAUUAUAUCAUGUGUAUCUUAUCGUAAAUAACUCUAGUUUAUUACUAUUGUUGCCAAGUCUAGCUGGUAAUCUGUCAAAUGUAGCCUUGUUCGCAAGCACACCGCACAAAUCGAUGUGGCCGAGACUUAAGGACGAAUAAUUAGUAACGUUGAAUGCCUAUCUUUCGUAUUUUCAAAACGCGAAAUCUGCAAAUUUUUUUGAGAGAUAAUUAUUUUCCUGAGACUCGGUUACGUCAAAGCAUACACAAUCACAUUCUUUUUCUAAAUAGAACUUAAGCUUAUCACACGCAAUGUACAAAAUCCAAAAUUGUAACUUUAAUAAACUUAAUCUUUUCGUCGAAAAAUUA